CGCUGAACGGCGUGACGACAUCCACUCCGGUCCUUUUUAAAGCGCGCGCUUGCUGUUACGCUCGCGCACACAGGUUUCGUGGUCAGUUCGGGGACAAGAGGAGAGUCGGGAAGCAGCAGUAUCAUCAUCAGCAGCAGCUUGUUGAAGGUAAACUUGACCUGCAGCACAUUCUCUAAGAUGGCAGGCGCUGAAGAUAUCCUGGUCAAGGAGCUUGACAAGCGGGCCUCGGGCCAGGCCUUUGAGGUCAUCCUGGCUGCUCCUGGCCCAGAUGCCAAGGGCGAGUUCCCCCUGUCUCCUCCCAAGAAGAAGGACGUCUCACUGGAAGAGAUUCAGAGGAAGCUGGAUGCUGCAGAGGAGAGACGCAAGAACCAUGAAGCGGAGGUUCUGAAGCACUUAGCUGAGAAGCGUGAGCAUGAAAAGGAAGUGCUCCUGAAAGCUAUGGAGGAGAACAACAACUUCAGCAAGAUGGCAGAGGAGAAGCUCAAUCUGAAGAUGGAGGCCAACAAAGAGAACCGCACAGCAAUUAUGGCAGCGAUGAAUGAGAAAUUCAAGGAGAAGGACAAGAAGUUGGAGGAGGUGCGGAAGAACAAAGAAACCAAAGAUCCCUCAGAAGAAGGAACCUCGUAAAACUGAAAGUUACGAACGGGAUUGUUUAUAGGGUUUUUUACGUAUCCAAAGAUUGAUUUAUUUUUUGUUUGGCCAGUAUUUUUGUUGUGUUCACUUCCCACCUUUUUUUGAAAUAAGAAAUACAAGUUUCACUUUGUGAAUUUUUCAAUUAUCCUGCUUUCAGUGUUCUUGCUCUGGUUUUACAUGUGGGUCAUUUCCUCCCUCGGAGUCUAACAUUUAAUAUGUAGCUUGUCAGUGCAGCUUCAGCCCUUUUUGAAACUUAGCAGUGUACUUAUCCUUUUUGAGGAAGCAUGUUUCUAUGCAUAGGCCUUUAAUCCCUGCUUAUUUCAUGCGUUUUGAAAAUGUCCCUGUGAAUCACACCUGUUCUUGGCACUUGCUGUAUAUUUAAAAAGAAAAGUAGCACAUGGUUUGAUGAGGCGUUGGCUGUUAAACAUGCAGGUGUUUAGUUCCGCUUUGCUAUCGAGAUUCUACUAGUUUGCUCCUGCAGGUCAUGUUUUUGUCUGUACUGAUUUUAGCUUUUGUAUUAAUAUGGGGUUGUCUUAAAAAGCACAUGACUUCUCUCUGUAUAUCUGUGAGUGAACAUCCCAGUCAUGGAAAUGGACACCAUCUUGGAACAUCCCUGAACAAGGUUGUACACAUGAAUGCAAAAGAGCAAUACACGUUGGCAUCUCAAUAGACACAGUGGCUAGUUGACUUAAACUGUUGUACUAAAACAAAUAAAUAAAAAUUAAACAAUU